CGGAAAUAGCAAUUCCACUUCCGAAACACCGUGGAAUGGAUCCAUACUCCUUCUCAUCGUCGGCGGCCAUGGCUCAACAGACAUGGGAGCUCGAAAACAACAUCGUAACAAUGGAAACCCCACAGUCUUCUGAAUCAGAUGCCAUCUUUUACUACGACGAGUCGGCUCAGUCCAAAUUCCAGCAAGAAAAACCAUGGUCUAACGAUCCUCACUACUUCAAACGUGUCAAAGUCUCAGCUCUAGCGUUACUCAAAAUGGUGGUUCAUGCUCGUUCUGGUGGGACCAUAGAGGUUAUGGGGCUUAUGCAAGGGAAGACCGAUGGUGAUGCUAUUAUUGUUAUGGACGCGUUUGCUUUGCCGGUGGAAGGGACGGAAACUAGGGUUAAUGCUCAGGCUGAUGCAUAUGAGUAUAUGGUUGAUUACUCUCAGACUAAUAAGCAGGCAGGAAGGUUAGAGAAUGUUGUUGGGUGGUACCAUUCUCAUCCUGGUUAUGGAUGCUGGUUGUCUGGUAUUGAUGUUUCCACGCAAAUGCUCAACCAGCAGUUUCAGGAGCCUUUUCUGGCAGUCGUGAUUGACCCAACAAGGACUGUUUCUGCUGGAAAAGUCGAAAUUGGAGCCUUUAGGACAUAUCCAGAGGGAUAUAAGCCACCAGAUGAGCCUGUAUCUGAAUAUCAGACUAUCCCUCUUAACAAGAUAGAAGACUUUGGUGUUCACUGCAAACAGUAUUACUCACUGGAUAUCACUUAUUUCAAGUCGUCUCUUGAUUGUCACUUGUUGGAUCUUCUUUGGAAUAAGUAUUGGGUGAAUACCCUUUCUUCUUCCCCUUUGCUUGGAAAUGGUGACUAUGUUGCAGGACAAAUAUCAGAUCUUGCUGAAAAACUGGAGCAAGCUGAAGGUCAAUUGUCCCAUUCACGUUUCGGUCCUCUCAUAGCACCCACUCAAAGAAAGAAAGAGGAAGAAUCACAACUUGCCAAAAUUACACGCGAUAGUGCAAAGAUUACGGUGGAGCAAGUCCAUGGUUUGAUGUCGCAGGUUAUCAAGGACAUCCUCUUUAAUUCGGUUCAUCAAUCCAACAAAUCACAGCCGGAGUCAUCGGGACCUGAGCCUAUGGUUCAAUCCUGAAGAUGGUUUUUUAGUAUUCUGAUUGUUUUAGUUAAGAUGCUAUAUUAUACUUUACUCUUUGACUGAUCAGUUUUGUUUGUCAUUUAAGUUAAUGUGAGUGUCCUUUAUUGUUCUA